AUGCUUUUCUUCCCCCCCCCUCUCUCUUUAUCUAUCUAUCUAUCUAUCUAUCUAUCUAUCUAUCUAUCUAUCUAUCUAUCUAUCUAUCUGUUUCUGUAUCUAUCAAGCUAUCUAUCGAUCUCAUUAUUAUACGCACUCAUUUAUCUCUAUAUCUUUCAAUUUUUAUCCCCCUUCACUCUCUUUCUUUCUCUCCUUCCCUGUCAUUAUUUUGUCUCUCGCUUUCCUUCUCUCUCUUUCUCUCAUUCUGUCUAUAUCCGUAACAUACACACAGACGUUUCUAUCUCUCUCUCUCUCUCUCUCCCUCCCUCUCUCUCUCUCUCUCUCUCUCUCUCUCUCUCUCUCUCUCUCUCUCUCUCCUCUUUCUUUCAAUUUUUAUCUCUUUUCAAUCGCUCUCUCUCUCUCUUUUUUUUUCUAUUUUUCCCUCUCUUUUUCCUUCUCUCUGACAUUUUCCUCUCCGUCUUUCUCCUGCUCUUUCUCUCUCACUUUUUACCCUGUAUCUCUCGUUUUUUUCUCUCGCCAACAUUCUUUCUAACAUUUCUCUCACUCCCUCACUGUCUCUAUAAAUAUUCGCUCUCUCUCUUCUCUCUCUCUAUUUCGCUCCUACUUAUUCGCACUUUCUUACUCCAUCUUCUCUUACAUUUUUCUCUCUCCUUCGUUCUCUUUCUCCUUCUCACUUCUCCCACGCUUUCUUUUAUUCUUGCUCUUUCCCCAAUUCUCACACAUUUCUUUCUCAUUCUUUCUCUCUCCUAUCUUUCCCUGCAACUCACCUUUAUUUUUCCUUUACUCUCUCUCUCUCUCUCUCUCUCUCUCUCUCUCUAUAUAUAUAUAUAUAUAUAUAUAUAUAUAUAUCUUUUGCUCUUUCUCAUACACCGAACUUGA